AUGGACACCAAGCCCGGCCUCACUGACCGCGUCAAGCACUACGCCAAGCAGGCUUUCGAACAGGACCCGAAGGGCUAUCAAUCAUUCGAAAAGUAUCUCGAGAACCUUCAAAAGCCGGAGUCUUCAGCUGCACUGCCGUUAGAGGCAGACACCAGCCACCCGUUGGCCCAUUACUUCAUCUCCAGUUCCCACAACACGUAUCUGUCGGGGAACCAGCUCUGGGGCAAGUCCACGGCCGAUUCCUACAAGAAUGUCCUCAAACGCGCAUGUCGGUGCAUAGAGAUCGAUCUCUGGGAUGGGGGAUCCCCGUCAUCUUCAGAAGCUGAGGAGGCUAGCAAUACCGAGGACCGCGAUGUGAAGAACCUUGGUGGCCUUCUCAAAAAGGGCCUCAGUCGUCUACGAUCUCGUUCCAAUCCACAGAGAGCAGACACCGAUCUUGCUACUGCGGAUGAUAAGCUUAUGCCCACCCCUUGGCGCACCAAUUCGAGCAGAGACGAACCAGUUGUGUAUCAUGGCUACACCGCAACCAAGGAGAUGCCAUUUCGCAAGGUGUGCGAGGCAGUCCGCGACUACGCCUUUAGCAGGAGCGACCUACCUUUGAUCGUGUCCCUUGAGGUCCACUGCCAUCCCCCGCAGCAGGAGAUCGUUGUCGAGCUCAUCAACGACUAUUGGGGUGCUUACCUCCAACGCAUGCCGAAGGAUUUCUCGGAUUCGACGCCAAUGCCAACGUUAGAGAGCCUGAAGAACACCAUCUUGGUGAAGGUGAAGUACUCAACACCCGAGAAAGCCAAAGCCAAAGCCGAUCCCAACAAGUCGCCUUCAAAGAAUGGCAACGAUAAAGACUCUAGUGGAGACGAAGAUGCUGCCGAGGCAGUGAAGAAAGGCAAGAUCAUCGAAAGUCUGAGCAACUUGGGCGUCUUCACGCGUGCGUUCCACUUUGACAGCUUUGAUCAAGAAGCCGCAGCGAUCCCCACGCACGUAUUCUCGUUGGGCGAAAGCAAGCUGCUAGAGGCUUGCGAGAAGCAACCGAAGAAGCUCUUUGAGCAUAACUUACAUCACUUGAUGCGAGCGUACCCCAAGGGUAGCCGACUUCGAUCAUCGAACCUCGAUCCGGUGCCAUUCUGGCGUUUUGGCAUCCAAAUGGUUGCCUUGAACUUCCAAACGAUGAACGCUGCAAUGAUGCUCAAUGCAGCACAAUUUGAGGGCACGGGAGGAUGGGUUCUCAAGCCCAAGGGUUAUCUGCCAGUCGAAGGCCAGCAGCCAGCCCCGAAUCGAAUCGCACUAGAUGUCAAGGUCAGACUUCUGGCUGCCCAAGGUCUCGGUCGCGAAGAUGACAUACCAAGCGUAUACGUCAAGUGUGAGCUGCACGUCGAGAGCAAAGCCGAGGCGGAGGACGGACAGAUCCCUCGCGGUGGGAAGAACAAGGGAGGAGAAUACAAAAGGCGCUCGACGUUGCGGCAUAGUCGAGACCCUGACUUUGGAGGCGACUGUUUGGAGUUUUCUGGAGUGCAGCAAGUGGUCCCUGAAUUGAGCUUCCUACGAUUCAAAGUGAUGGACGAUGCCUUGGCGCAAAAAGAUCGCUUGCUUGGAUGGGCUGCUUAUCGAAUCGAUCGGUUGCCGCGAGGCCAAGUCCUCGUUCAUCUUCGGGGAGAAGAUUCCAAGGUCAAUGGCGGCAAGCUGCUUCUGGAUAUACAAGUCAAAACUGCCUGA